UCCGCGCUCAACAGCUCUGAGCGCCUCGGGACUCCCCAUUGCGGUCACCGCCGAACGGCAACCUAUUUCAAGUUGCGCCACGUACGAUCAAGCCUUCUAAUACACAAGUGGCCAGGCAAGCGAAGGGUAUCGAAAACCAAAGCAGAAGUGCUGGCUCAAAGUAACAAGCUUGCCUUUGAAACUGAUUUCAAUCUAAUCGUACGAACCUAUCACUGCAUCGGCCGCGAACGGCUUGCGCAUGCAAAAAUUGAUAGAUGUGUCUUGGUUGCGGAUAUCUGGAGGUAUCAUCCCUCUGACGAAAUCAAAGUCGACACACCUACAAGUGGCUCCGAAAUAUCACCAUCGGCCUCGCUGUCCACCCCCCGCACCUUCUUGAGAGGCGAAGACGCUAUCAAACGAUCAGGGCCCCGGGCGCUUCCACUAGCUGGAACAACACCACCACCAUGAAAGGCGCCAGGUCAAUGACCAGCACUUUCCGGAGGACAAGAUUGGAGAACGCCAUCCUCACGAGGGUGGGUGCGAACAUAUGCAGUUACUUGACGUACGUCAGCGGCUCCACACAUGUCAGCAGCUGCACGAGGUGAGCCGCACUUCAAUCGGCGGCGGCAUCACGAACGUCAAGGGCACAACGAACAGCAGAAGCACAACGGUGAUGGAGAACGGCCCCAGAACCUUCACGCAAACGAGCAGCUGUUUCAGAGAGACCAGCGCCAUCUCGGAGAGCAGCGUUGUCAGCAAGAGCACAUCCAGCAAUGGGUAUGCCACACACCUCCGCAGGGCCAGGAAGAUCAGCAGCACCUCGAGGGCGGGAAACAGCACGAACAUCAGCGGCUCCACGUACAGUCGGCUCCAUGAUCGCCGACUUCAGGAGGAAUUCCACGAACGUCAGCGGCACCACAAAGAUGGAGAACGACAUCAGCACCCUCAAGAAGAGGAGCAGCUGCACCAGGGAGAACUGCACCAAAAUCGUUUUCAACGCCCCCAUCGUCGUUACCACUGGGAGGGUCACCACGCCAUGGGUCAUCACCUGCACCAUCGUCAGCAUGUAGGUCCGCGUCAGGCGGCACGCGAAACCAGAAAUUGGCAACGCUGCACUACGAAGCAGAAUACCGAUGCCCUUUGUCAACCGCAACGCUAUGCACCAGCAGCGGCGAGAGGACAUUCAACGAGGCAAGAAGAGGAACAGGAGCAGAUGCAGCAAGCUGAGGGCCACCAUGCUGAACCACCACGUUGAGCUUUCCUAUGCCACGAGCAGACGCCGACGACACUCAAAAGUGAGCAGGGACUCCACGAACGACCUGCGCAUGGAUCCAGUCCAUGCGGGCAGCGACAACCCUGCGGAGACAUGCAAGCGCGAGACACAGAAAGGUAGGGCGCAAGGGAAGCCCUGGAAGCCGCGGGGCAAAGCACGUGUCUUAAGCCAGAGCGACUAUGAUGAUGACG